CUGUUUUUUUCACCCCCUCUGUCCAACCUCAAAGCGGAUCAAUUCGGAGGAGCAGAACGGAAUUCCAGAAGGUUUCAAAAGGAUUAGUAACGGUCCCUCUUCACUCCCAACAUCCGACUGCUCGCCUUUUUUAGUCAUUUCCCUUGUUCCCUUCCUGUAUUCCAAAAAAACUCUGCUUUAAAGAGUAGUUAACAAGUAAACUAAAGGUUUAAGUACCGAGAAAAUAAAAAUAAAAAAUGGAUAAAACAAUGGAGCUUAUUCAGAAGGCCAAACUGGCGGAGCAGGCCGAACGCUACGACGACAUGGCCUCUUCCAUGAAGGAGGUAACAGAGCAGGGAGCCGAACUGUCGAAUGAGGAGAGGAACCUGCUGUCCGUCGCCUACAAGAACGUGGUCGGAGCCCGGAGGUCCGCCUGGAGGGUCAUCUCCAGCAUCGAGCAGAAGACCGAGGGCAGCGACAAGAAGCUUCAGAUGGUUAAGGAGUACAGGGAGAAGGUGGAAGGCGAGCUGCGAGAGAUCUGCAACGACGUCCUGGAGCUGCUGAGCAAAUAUUUAAUUGCCAAUUCCACAAACUCCGAGAGCAAAGUCUUCUAUUUAAAGAUGAAGGGAGACUACUACAGGUACCUUGCUGAGGUUGCCACCGGAGAUGACAAGAAAGCGACCAUAGAGAACUCUCAGGAAGCGUACCAGCAGGCGUUCGACAUCAGCAAGAAGGACAUGCAGCCCACGCACCCCAUCCGCCUGGGCCUGGCCCUCAACUUCUCCGUCUUCUACUAUGAGAUCCUCAACUCUCCAGAGCAGGCCUGCAGCCUGGCCAAACAGGCUUUCGAUGAAGCCAUUGCAGAGCUCGAUACACUGAACGAAGACUCGUACAAAGACAGCACCCUCAUCAUGCAGCUGCUUAGGGAUAACCUCACAUUAUGGACCUCCGACAGUGCAGCGGACGAGGCAGAGGGAGGAGACGGCGGGGAGAACUAAACGCACACAGGCUCAUCCCCCUGAAAAGGAAAAAAAAAUCGGGGGGGGGGGGGGGGGGGGGGGAGAAAAAAAAAACGAUUAAAAAACAAAAAACCUUUUUACACCUCUCCAUUCCUUAUCGUUCCACUUAAAAUUCUUCUGGCAAUGAAAAGCCAUUGACGCUGAAGAGCUGUGUAUGGAAACUAUCAUUUAGUCUUUUCACACUGCAGCUUUCAGGAAAAAAAAAAAUUGAAUUGAGAAAAAAGAACUCCAUUCCUUGGUUUGUGUUUGUCAUGGCCUUCCAUAUGUGCAGAUUCUGCUGUAGAAAAGUAUUAAUAGCUUCACUUUAUAUCAACGUAAACUUCCCAAUUUAAAUAAGGAACUGGCCACACGGGACUUGCGUGUAUCUUCAGAUAAUCUGUCGGGGGUAACAUUCGAAUUGUCAAAACGCGAGCAGUUAGCGUUAGCAUUGUAGUAAGGGGUAUGUUAUAUGUUAAACAGACUUAAAUUAAUUAAGGUGUUGUUUCAUGCCGCUGGUGGUUUUUUUUUAUUAUUAUUAUUAGAUUCUUCCUCCAUGAGGUUCUCCGGUAGGGCUUUCAGCAGCUGUCAUCUGAUACAUUAUUUAAAAAGCGCAGACUGACGCUGACCCUGCUCCUGCCGGCGAUCCGCCAAUGGCGUCCUGCGUGGCGCUGCCGCGAGGGAGAGGCCGACGCGUUCGUUCGGGGGGAACGGGGCACGGCACAGCCCUCCCCACUCCCCCUCACCGACCGCCCACGCCUCACCUCCUCCCGGGGCACAAAAACACUCUUUUCCUGGUUGUGGUUUUCACUUCAAUGUGUUACUCUGUAGCAUGUCUGGCUAAAAAGGUGGGGGGCUUCCUGAAGAUCAAAAAAAAGAUAAAAUCACUAAAAAAAAAAAAA